AUGACCCCGCAUAUCCCCAGGAGACAGGUUGACGAAAGGUUGCGCGACCUGUGGGAUGAACUCAUCCAUGCAGCGCAAGCACUCCAAGCCCCUAGUGCUGAAUUUGACCGACUUGUUACACUGGCCCUGGAGGCUCGAGAACUCGGGCCUUAUGUCCGGAAGAAAGAGGCUGGCAUUUCUGAUGAGGUCCAAGAAGAAGCAAUCCUACCUAAUGGGCAAUAUCUCUGGACUGAUCUUCCAUACCUGGUUCAAGAGUUUGAGGAUGCUUGGGCAAAGGAAUCUAUGGGGUAUACAGCAAAAGAGCGCGAGAGUCUAGCCAGAAAGCGUUUCAAGGACCUGCACCUUUACGGGAACGAGCAAAUCGCCAAGAUGGCCAGAGCUUGCUUCGAGGAAGCGAUUCUUACAGGGUUCGGGGUGGGCUUAGAUAUCCCUAGAGAAGAGAAAUACCUAGAGAAGCUCUUUGGUAUGCUUGAUGCAGAGCUGGCCGCGAGAGACUUGAAGGGCAGCGUCGGUCCUGAGGGCGUUGAGAUCAACAAGGCUUGGGCUGAUGAAGAUUAG